AUGUCGUUGCCAUCAAGUUCAUAUCAACUUAAUUCUAAUUACGUCAAAGUAAAACGCCUGAAUUUACCUCGUUGUCCAUCACAUCCAUGUUCGCAACAAAAAGUGGAAAAUUACAUGAAACGAAUAAUGCAAACAAUUAGUGGCAAAAGUCCAAAACGGAUCCACUCAUAUUUUGAACACGAUGAAGUUUUGGAGAUCAUCCAUGGAUGCUUAACCAUUCUUGCUGAUGAGCCAACAUUAUUACAAUUUCCCCUGCCUGAAAACGGAUUAGUUAUCAUUGGUGAUCUGCAUGGUGAUGCGUUUUGCUUAAUGAAAGCAUUCGAGUUUUAUGGAUUUCCACCUAAUAUAACUUAUUUAUUUUUAGGGGAUUUCAUUGAUCGCGGACCUAAGCAAAAUGAAAUAUUGUUGUUGCUAUUUCUGAUGAAAAUACGCUGGCCAGAAUAUAUUUAUUUACUGCGUGGAAAUCACGAAUUAUACGAUCUCACCGAAUGUAAUUUUAAGAAAAAAUGCUCACAGGAUUAUAACAAUUGCUCAGUGUUUAUCUACCUUAAUCAGUUAUUCGAUUAUUUACCAUUAGCUGCUAUCAUUUCAGACCACUUUUUUACUUGUCACGCGGGUGUAUCGCAAUGGAUGACUUGUCGUGCAAACAUUGCGAACAUUUCAAGGCCUACUGAUUUGAACAAUAUGAAAAUUCUAGAAGGUUGUAUUGUAACUGAUAUCCUUUGGGCAGAUCCCAAAGCUGAUCAAGAACUACCGUUUGAUCUGAGUGCUCGUGGCUGUUGUUAUUCGUUUAAUCAGGAAGCACUGCAUUCCGUACUGCGAGCAUUGAACGUACACACGUUGAUCCGUGGCCAUCAGAUUGUUCCGGAAGGUAUUUUGGACAAUUUCGGAGAUGGAUCUUGUCUAACCGUCCAUACAGCCACGCGUGAAAGUGAUGGCUAUGUUUCUUCGGGGACUCUCAAAAUAAUACGUGAUGAUAAUGGCGAUUUUGUCAUUUGCAAACGUAUGAUUGAGAUAACUACCAAAGCAGACAUGGAAGAUCUAUGUAAUAUAGUGUAUGUAAUUCUCUGCAAAAGUUUGCAACAUAAUACGUUAAAACGUGUUUACCGUAAAUGUCAGUGGUGCAGGAAAGCAUAUCCAAUCAAUAUAAUAAAUCGAGUUAGAAAUGCCUGCAUGACGGAAGUGCUCUUAUGGAUUUCUCGAUAUGCAUUCCGCUACGUUCAGCAGGACGACUUGUUUCAUAAUGCGUGGGAAAAUGAUGAUGACGAAGGAAUGAAUGUCAGAGGUUACAAGUUAUUUCCUAUACUUUACGACGCAGUUUCAUUCGAGGGUGGAACAAUGAACACACCGUGCACAUAUCGAGUCUUGGUGGCUGAAUGGGAAAAAGCAUUCUUAUUUAAGUUAUUUGGAGUUGUUUCAAAUUUUGAUCUUGCUGAACCACUAACAAGCGAUGUGGAUCCCGGACUGCUGGCAAUACAAAACAAUAAACAGAAACCUGGAUUGCUUGCACGUACAUCACGCGGAUUUAGAAACAUAUUUAGACAUGCUAUGGGCCUUCGAGACUUUGCGACAUGUGAAGAAGAAAAUGUACCCACGUCAACAUCAAGAAGAUCCUGA